AUGUACGUCAAUCGCGCUUGGCAAGGUUCGUUCUUUUUGCUUUUAUUUGAGAAUUAGUUUCUUUUAAAAAUAUCAAGGCUCAAAUUGUAUAAUUUCAAAUUGUAUUGUCUACAUACUACAUAGUUUUUGAUUAGGCGUGUUUUUGCAGGAAGACGCAGAACUGUGCGUCAAUAUGCGCAGGAGUUCCCGGGCUUGGGUCCAGAGGCGCCCGUGGAGCAAGCGCAUGUGGAAGAAGAGCCCGUGGAACAGGCUCGUGUGGAAGAAGUGCCCGCGGAGCAGGCGCAUGUGGAACAAGAGCCCGUGGAGCAACCGGAACAACGGCCCCGGGUGCGAAGAGAGAGGAGGGAAAGGCCGGAGCGUGGAGGCCAACAGAACCGCCGAAACGAAGGACAAGCGUGGCCGGGAUACAAGCCGCCGGUGCCCGAGUGGGCGAAAAAGUACACCCGGUACGGCUCAGACGACUGGCAGGCGGAAAAGGAUCAGAGGCAGAAGAAGGAGCGGGAAGCGGACCUCGCCAAGGAGACGAAUGUGGAGAAGGAAAGCGAAAGAGGUCAGUUGUGGGGAGUACUGCAGACUGGAGACAUGCGGGGGGACAUGGCAAGCAAAAAGAGUACUUUCAGAGCAACCGCAAGCCGAUGCCUACGGAGAAUGGCUCAAAGAAGGAAUUGCGCGAGGAAAACGUGAGUUUGCUCAUGAACCAAUCAGUAUAAAAUCAGUUCCUUUGCAGGCGAAGAAAGACCGGUUGAAGCGGUUCCGAACAUGUUUGCGUGGCAGUGA